AUGCCGAGUGAUUUGAUAGACAUCAGGAAAGACGGAAUCAACAUCCCAGUUCCGAAUGGCGCAGGAGGAGACACCCUCUGUCGCCUUCUCCUGUCCAAGUUUCCUCUCUGGACGGCCUUCACAGCGUCAGUACUCAAUCUCACCUGCGUGACCUUGGAGCGAUACUUCAGCAUCGUCCAUCCUCUUCAUUACGAUGCUGUCUUCACGGCCAGGAAGGCGGGGCUGAUGAUCUUUAGUGUCUGGGUGUUUGGAUUCGUCAUGAAUAGCUACAUGCUGUAUGUCUUCUACAACGAUGGCGGGACCUGCAUGCUCCGAUGGCCCAACGUCGGUUACCAGACCUUCGUAGGCGUGGCCAACUUUUGCGUCAUCUACGUCAUCCCAAUCACAGUCAUGGGGAUCUCCUAUUGGUUGAUCAUGUCAAAUCUCCAAGCCAGUGCGCGGAAGCUUCGUCAGGAGAACCGAGAAGGCAAGUCCGGACCGAUGUCUCUGGAGCUCUUGAGCGCCAGAAAGAAGGUUGUCAAGAUGUUGGCCGUAGUUGUCGUGACCUUCGCCAUAUGUUGGGCUCCGAACCAGUUCGUGUUUUUCGCGUACAACUGUGGUUGGAACCUUGACUUUGACCAGUGGUACUACCAUCUCACUGUCUUGGUCGCCUUCUGUAAUAGCUGUAUGAAUCCUUUCAUAUAUGCCUUCAAGAGCAAGCAGUACCGAAAGGCACUUCGGGCAGCAGUUUGUAGUAAGAAAUGGACAACUACUGUCAGUAGCUUUGAGGGCACCAAUCCAAGUGCAAUAGGCUCUUCUGUCGCAAAAUGAAGCAACAUACAAUAAAUGAAGAGACUGAAACUGUUACAUGCUUGAAAACUGGCCUUGUGUUUAGAGAUAUAUAUUGUAUAAAUUUCUGUAUGAUAUAGAUUUCAAAGUUUAUGUAUAUAUGAAAAAAUAAAUUGUCUAUCCACUUUUGUUGUUGCAUGCAAUGUUCCCCACUGCAAACAAAACCUCACACCCUUUGAACCUCAGGUGUUUUGUAUAUUUUUGUUCAAUGUAAAUUAUUUCAUAGAUAUUUCGCUAAUGGGGUAAGUUCCUCAAAAAGUGAGAAGAUUAAAUUGAUUACAGAAAACAACGAUGAAAACCACAGAAUGUUUGUUCAACCAUGCUGAAUAGAUUGCCUUUCCUUUCCUUGCGAAAAAAGUAUGAAUUGAUUUUCUUAAGUGUAAGCGUUUGCAAUUGAUCUCAAGUAAGUUUCUUGGAACACUUUAUAAUUCACUUAGUCGUGCUAAAUCAAACCGUGUUAAGGUGUCACGCGCGUAAAACAUUCCCCAUAGACUUCUGUGUUAAAAUGGCACUUUUGAAAAAAUCAUAAAAAAUAAAUGUGAAACUGAAACAGUAAAAUAGCCCUAAUUCUUCCGCCAGUCAAAAACCAUAGUUCCAAGUCACUUUAGACUUAUUUAUCUUCCCAAUUUGGGCAAAGGAAGUUCAGUAGUUACCAUCCCAAGAAUCAGUGUUAGAUUUUCAAUCAUAAUCAUGCACUUUUGUCAUUCAGCUACAUCAAAUUAAAAAAAAAAUUAAAUGGGUUGGGUCGAAUGAAUAUCUUAUGCCUUCCUGUUGUAAUUAGGCUCAUGCAACCUUGACGAUUGGAAGACCUUGGUUUAAGAUCAAGGAUUGCUCAUAAUUAUCACAAUUACUGACCUUGCUUCUGAAUGAGCUUGUAGAAUAUCCGGAAGACGAGGCAACAUUAUCAAAGCAGUCGCUGUUCUAACUGUGGCACAUAAAUGCAAGGAAGUAAUAAUACAAAGUAGACGAACAUCAGUGGAAAAUUUUAAGCAAAUUUGAAAUUAGAGGGAAUUCCUCUGAAUUUGAACACUAACUGCACUUUGCAAUCUGUACUUUGCAAGCACCCAUCUCUUGUCCUCAUAUAUUACUUAGUAAUGUCUGGUGAUGAUUUUCCCCAUGAGUCCUCGCAAACAUAAUUGAAUAAAGACAUAACUAUGGCAUUCGCAAAAAUUGGGGAAAAGGUUGAAAUUUAUGGAGGUUAUUUUCAUUAGAAUCAUUAGGGUACUUCACAAGAUCAGAAGUACACAUUGGUAUUGGAUUGAUUAUAAUUUUGAAUAUGUUAAAUUAUAUGUUAGAUUCGAAUUUUGUUCGAAUUUCCACUCACAAUCAUUCUGUUCCUCAAUCACUCUGCGUGAAAUUAUGUUUCAUAAACAUUCCCAAGAACAAAAUGCAAGCGAGGUAGCUAUGAUUGGAUGUAAAAUGAGUUCCAGUAAUUGCCAUUCAGUGUUAAUUACGGAGUACCUGCUCCUAAUAAAGAGUAAUAAUUAGUUAACUCGCUAAUGCCGAUGGAUGCUUGGUCGUAUAUAUCAGAUGUCAUUCGGUUUCAUCCUCAUUUGCACUAAUGCACCAAUUAUCACCUUUAUCAUGCCACUCUUCAUUACCUUGAUGAGCGACUACACUGCAAAAACUCUGGUGUUGAUUUAACACCAGCCCGGAAUCUAUAUAUGUCCACACCAGAGAAGUGUUAAACAACACCAGUUUUGUUUUGGUCUAACAUAAUAGGUGUUUAUACCACACCAAUUAGUAUUAAAACAGCAUCGGUUUGAUUCCAAACUGGUGUUGAUUAAAUACAUCUCUGGGGGUGUGGACAUAUAUAGAUUCCGGACUGGUGUUAAAUCAACACCGGAGUUUUUCCUUCUAUUAAAGGAGAACCGGAUUUUGUCGUCAAAAGAUUAAGUUAUAAUAUAUUAUCCCUUCUGGUGAAUUUGCAAUUUGUAAAUGUACUGCGUUUAUUGAGGAAAUAAAAUGACAGACGAAUUCAUCAAUCAAUAAUUUUGAAAAUAACAAGAGAUUAACACAAAAUAAUUUAAGACAUACAUGUUGUAAUGAAUAAUAAUUAUGAUGACAACAACGAAAACUAAAAAAUAAUAAAGAAAAAAGGACGAUGGUAAUGAUAACGAUAAUAUUGAUCAUAUUGGUAAUAUUAUGCUCAGAAAAUGAUAAAGCAAUAAUAUCACAAACUUUAAAUAAAGCUAUUGUGAAGGAUGGGAUUGACGAAAGUAGCGAUCAAUGUAAAUGCUAUCCGAGAUACCCUUUUAUUUCAAAACUGAACAUUUCAGAAUUUACUGUACUUUUUAAUACAAUAAAAUUGCUCUGAAACAGCCAAGGCUCGACGAUAUUCAAGAAACCAGAAUCAAUAAGAUUAAUAAAGAUAGCAGAAAUAAGGUCUUCCAUAUAUGUUUACCUCUAGGUCGGUGUUUCAUAAAGCUGUCCAAAAGUUAAGAAUGAUUUUACGAAUGACUUGUGACGAACCCUUUCUUGUGCUUUUUAUUAUUCUCAAUGUCUCAAUCAUUCCAAAUCCUAUUUUUUUUUUUACAUUUUUCAUUGCAAGCAUAUAUUUUGAUGAGAAUUAUCAGAAGGCUCGCUCCCAUUGUGAUAAAAUGGGAAUCUUGCGGAUCUGAUUUAGUGCAAGAAAGGUCGUUCAUGCAUUCGUGGUAACCCCGGGGGGGGGGGGCACUCGACCAAAAAAGUGGUAGGGGUGUGCCGCGGGCGAGGCAAAAAACGGGGGCCUUGGAGCGGGCUUAUUGUAAAAAGGAGGGUCCUCGGAACGGGCUUCGGAACUACAAAUGUUUGUGAAAACGGGGGUCCUCGGAACGGAUCUCCGUAUCUCUGUGAGUGCGUAUGCAUCCCAAUGGAACGGGCAAUCGUGCAUGACGCAGCUAGCGCGGCCUCCGCCGGGUGCGCUCGCGCUUAGGCGAUGGUCGAAAAGCGCUCUACGGCCGCUUUUCACCAAAAUUGUAGCAGAUCAAUGCGACCGGAACGGCGUAACGAAAAAUAUGCGAAGCUUUGGAGCGGAUUUCUUUCUUCUUUUUUAUCGAUAAGAAGGAAAUGCUAUGCCUUGGAGCGGCUUUCUUUGUUCUUUUUCUCAAUAAGACAAAAAUACUAUGCCUUAAUUGGAACGGAAAUUUGAGUGUAAAAAUGGGGGUCCCCUCCGCGGCACAUACCCACUAUGCAUUAUAUACUGAGUGCCCCCCCCCCCCGGGGUGGUAACAUACAAACAGCUUUAUGAAACGGCCCCAGACAAAACAAACAACCUAAAUAAGGACGUCUCAUGAAAAUUAUCAAUAUCUUCAAAAUUGGAAUUUACCAUGGACGUUUCUUGAUUCUUUUAUAAGGAAUGUUUGUUUUAAUAUUUUCGGUUGAGCUUUAUUUCUCGAAUGAUAUACACCAUUUCCGUAUGGCCAUGAAUUAUUUUUGACCUGAAUACGUACACUGAUGUCAGUCUGACCAGGCAGGUGGAACUUCCCUGGUCUGACGACCUUGCUGCUUUUGUUUAUGAAGUUCUUUUAAAGAAAUCUGUAUACGGUGAUUUUUAAUAUAAUGGUCUUGAUAUUCGAUUCAGGCACUAAUUUGUCCGAAGGUCAUUUAACAGGAUAUUGCGUUCAUAUGCCUUGUAUACGUGAAUAAUAUGUGUAGGGUAUGUUUUGUAGGAUACCAAAAUUGCUAUUAUAAUUACAUUGACAUUGUUUAACUAUGUGUGAAGCAAUUUUAGCGAGUAAACACGAUCAUAAAAAUUAUUUUGAUGUAGUAUCGCUAUAUUCUUUAAUCAAUGGAAUCGAAAAGGAAAUUUGAUAACAAACAUAAUUAUUUCAACGUUCAU